UUCUCCGCAGCAAAAUUAACCGCCUCCAGAAGUAAAGCUGUUUCCGAAUUCAUUUUAUUCGACUGUAAAAAAAAAACCCAACAAAACUACGGAGGUGGCGAAAGAGAAACGUCCACGGUCGCAUUACUUUUUCCGCCGGACAUGGGCUUGUUUGGUGGCCCGUAGAGAAACAGCGGCCUCGUCAUCAGUUCCUCUUUUGUAGCUACGGAAGCAGCAUUUGACUUCCCCCGUCCAAACCUGUCCAGGGCGUGGACCACCAUGGCGCACAGUACCCGGAGUGAUCCUCCGGAGCUUCCAGACUUCACGCUUUUAAAGAGGCUUGCAAGGGACCAGCUCGUUUAUCUGCUGGAACAGCUUCCGGGAAGGAAGGAUCUCUUCAUAGAAUCAGAUUUGAUGAGCCCGCUGGAUCGUAUCGCCAAUGUUUCCACAUUGAAACAACAUGAUGUUGACAAACUCUACAAAGUGGAAUACAAACCUAUUACCAGCACUUCCGAUCAACUCUGUUUUCUGAUCCGGCCAAGAAUUAAAACAGUGAAGUGGAUAUGUCAGGUGGCCAAUUCGGACAGAGCUGCUGGCAAAUUUAGAAGAUACAAGAUAAUAUUCACUCCACAGAAGUUUUAUGCAUGUGAUGCAGUUUUGGAGGAGCAGGGUCUCUUUGGUGAUGUGACUACAGAUGAAUGGGCCUUUUACCUUUUGCCUCUAGAUGAUGACAUCAUUAGUUUGGAGCUCCCAGAAUUCUUCCGAGACAACUUCUUAGCAGGUGAUCAGCGCUGGAUCAGGACGGCCAGUAGCGCUCUGCACCUCCUACACUCCAUUUUCGGUCCUUUCUCAAAAGUUUAUGGGAUUGGACGUUGCUCAAAGAUGGUGUACGAGUGUUGGAGAGAGCUGGUGGAGGAGGCAGAUUCAAAACCUCGUCAUGCGGAAAUAGGAAACGUCUUCCUGAUCGACCGAGACGUGGAUUUUGUCACUCCAAUGUGCUCACAGGUGGUUUAUGAAGGACUGAUGGAUGAUAUAUUCAAAAUAAAAUGUGGCUGUGUAGAAUUUGGACCCGAGGUCACAUCGUCUGACAAAAGCGUCAAAGUCAUGUUGAACUCUCAGGAUAAAGUCUUUAAUGAAAUUAGAAAUGAGCACUUCUCAAAUGUCUUUGGUUUCCUCAGUCAAAAAGCAAGGAAUCUACAGUCUGCUUAUGACAAGCGUCAGGGGAUGGACAUAAAGCAGAUGAAGACCUUUGUGUCGGAAGAGUUGAAAGGCUUGAAACAGGAACAUCGACUCCUGAGCCUUCAUAUCGGUGCCAGUGAGUCGAUUAUGAAGAAGAAAACCAAGCAGGAUUUCCAGGAGCUUCUUAAGACAGAACACUGCUUACUGGAAGGAUUUGAAAUCCGUGAAUGCAUCACCUUCAUUGAAGAGCAUAUUAACAGGCAGAUCUCUAUGAUAGAAAGCCUGCGACUACUUUGUCUUCUUUCCAUCACAGAAAACGGCCUCUUACCUAAAGAUUACCGGUCAUUAAAAUUACAGUAUCUGCAGAGCUAUGGUGCCGAGCACCUCCUCACAUUUGCCAACCUGAAGCAGCUGGGUCUGCUGAUGGAACAACAGCCAGGAGACACACUUACUGUCAUGGAGAGCAAAGUGGGAAAGCUGGUCAACGACAAGACUGCAGGGAUGUUGACUGAAACCUUCUCCUCAUUGGCAAAGAAGAGCAACUUCAGAGCUUUGAGCAAAAAACUCAACCUGGUGCCUAAAUCUGAUGAAGAAUACGACCUGCGUGUUCCUCGAGACAUGGCGUACAUUUUCAGUGGUGCCUAUGUACCUCUGAGCUGCAAACUUGUAGAACAGGUGUUGGAGCGAAGCAGCUGGACUGGGCUGGAGGAAGUCACCAGACUGCUCAAUGGACACGAAUUUGCUGUCACAGGCAACAAUGGAGCACAAAACGAUGCACAGCGCCUCGUCCUGGUCAUGUUUCUUGGAGGUUGCACCUUCUCUGAGAUUUCAGCUUUACGUUUCCUUGGCAAAGAGAAAGGUUAUAAAUUCAUUGUGGUUACCACUGCCAUCACAAACAGUACCAGACUCAUUGAGAUGCUGCUUGGUAACCAAAUAUGAAGAUUGUUGACUAAAACAACGCUGAGACAUUCCCUCUCACUCUCAACGAAAAUGACUGUACACAUGUAUAAAGUGAAUAAAUGCUUUUAUA